AUGUUUGCCUUAUUUUUUUAUUUAGUGUGCUGCCUUGCCCGGAACGUUACCUUCGAUCCUUCAGGGAUUUCGGAGCUUCUGCAAACAUUCUAUGAGAACCCGGUCACCACGGGGGACGCAUAUGCAGCAUAUCUCUACUAUCUUGAUGCUUACAGGCUUGAUAAGACUCUGUAUAGCACCCAAUACCCUUCGGACAUUCUCUCUGGUCUAAAAACCCAGUCCUUCUCAGAACUGGCUUCUAGCGAGAAGUAUUUCCUUGAGCAGGUCACCACUCUCCCAUUUGCCGAUAGGCUAUACCAAGAAGCUGCGUACAUCGCCACUGCAACCACAGACACGGACUAUUAUAUCACCUUAACUGGCUCUUACUCUACGGACAACAUUGACUGGACGUCAUUCUGGAACUCUUACCACGGCUACUCCUCUACUGAAGCUCCUGAGUCUACUGAAGCUCCUGAGUCAACCUCCUCUGCAAUGGGAAUGAGAGGCUAUGUGGCUCCGGGUCUGAUGUCGGCAUUUUCCCUUGCCCUCAUGUUGUUGUAGAUGCGGAAAGACUUGAUAUGAUUUGGCAGGCUCUAAGUUUCCUCAAUAAGCUCUCAUAACUAGGUCAGCGUUUUAAAUUGUAUCUCUUGUACGCGUAUCAGUAUCGUCAUAAUCAUAAACAGAUAUCGGCGCCUGCCGUAAAGCUGAUGUUUUAGCUCACAAUGAUCAAUUGUGUGGCUUCAUCAUAUAUCCUAACUCUAGCAUUGCACUUGACUCCUCAUCAAGACCCUUGACGUAGAAAUGGGUAGCUAUCAUUAGUUGUCCAAGUAAAUAUAAAAAUGUUGCUUGACGUG